AUGGUUGCAUAUUCGUCUUUCAUUACCUUUGGAAUUCUUGCUGUUGCAGAGUUGGUCGCUGGUCAUGGUGCCAUCAUUGCUGCCACUGGUGACGCUGGCGGAAAGGGUAGCGCACUGGGAAUCGACCCUUCCACUCCUCGAGACGGAACCCGAAGACGUCCCUUCCAACAAGACACUACACGCUUCGCCGGUGACGCUGCAGACACCUUCGGGGAAACUCUCGAAGGCGGUGACAAUGAUCCAGAGAGUGGCACCAGUGCUAUCCUGGCGCAAAACGGUGGCACUCUUCCACAGAUCAGCGCAGGCGGACAAGUCCAGAUGACCUUGCACCAGGUCAAUGCUGACGGAGCCGGCCCGUACACUUGCAUGAUCAACGCCGACGCCACUGGCACUACAUGGACGAAGGCGAGCAACCAUCACUCCCUAUCAACGGCCGAUAAUAUCUCUGACUUAGGACAUAGAUGA